AUGACGCGUAACGGACAACCCUCCGUAUCGCUGCUACUCGUCAAACAAAAAAACCAUGGAGCUGACGGCCAGGUCUGGGAAGCGAAGCUCGCUUACUAUAACACACAAGAUAAUGCCUACCUGCAACUGCCCAUCGGUCGAGACCUGGACGUGGGCGUCAAGCUCUCUCGUGGAGGGACCGCGAUCGAUCAGGCCAAACUUCAGGAACGAGUUACCAGUCCGUGGGUGAUGCCGUUUCGUGAACAAUUCUACUCCACCAACACCGACCAGUCGGUCCAGGUGAUGGAACUCGAGACAAUGGGCGCCAUGGGAGAGGUAUUAAAGGAAGCCCAUAGAGUCGAUGUCAUAAAUCGAGACGUCAAGCCGGAAAAUAUUCUUUUCAUGAGAAACGGCUUCAGAUACAUGAUUGAUUGGGACCAUGCCCGAUAUGUGCCUGGGCAUUGGGAUGGUACUGGAUGGGUGGGCAAGGGCAUUUGCCAUGAUUUCAGUGGUGGGACACCGACUUAUAAGGGUCCAGAGUGGAAGAAUCGUGAACCAUAUGACGGCCCGAAAAAUGAUGUUUUUGCAUGGACCAUGACAUGGCUGUGGGCCGAUCAACGGAGCGAGAUGACGAACAUGUUGCAGGACAGCAUUGCUCGCAGGCUACAUCAGCCUAGAUCCGGUGCCGUCGCACCUGGCCUCACCUACGACGCUACCAACGAAUUAUUAGGCAACAGAUUUCCAGGGAUGCGACCGGAGAAGGUACAGUUGAUGGCAAGAGGCUUGUGCAAACAGGACGAGCGCUGGACCAUGGGACAAAUGUUGUAUUGGUACAAGAAAAUCCCCCAUUAUUAA